CCGCGAAAGCUUCUGGCGAUCAGAUCAAUUGAGAGUUCUCCAUUCGAAGCGGGAGAGCGAGAAACCCUAGGAGAGAAGAGGAGAGAAGAGAGAUGGAGAAGGCGAUGAACAGGCAGAGGGUUAUCCUCAAGCACCUCCUCCCUUCGUCCUCAUCGGCGAGCGAUUCGCUGGCGGUUCUAUCGGCAUCGGUUUGUUCUGCUGGUGAUAGUGCGGCUUAUCAGAGGAGCUCUUGUUUCGGGGAUGAUGUCGUUGUUGUAGCAGCAUUCCGAACUCCAAUUUGCAAGGCCAAGAGAGGGGGUUUCAAGGAUACAUUCGCCGAGGACCUGCUAACCCCUGUGCUUAAGGCAUUGAUAGAUAAGACUAAAAUUGACCCAAGUGAAGUUGGUGAUAUUGUAGUCGGUACAGUAUUGGGACCAGGGUCUCAAAGAGCCAUUGAGUGUAGGAUGGCUGCGCUUUAUGCUGGCUUUCCUGAAACAGUUCCUCUCCGAACUGUGAAUAGGCAGUGUUCCUCCGGACUCCAAGCAGUGGCUGAUGUUGCUGCAGCUAUAAAAGCUGGAUUCUAUGACAUUGGUAUCGGGGCUGGCUUGGAAUGUAUGUCUGUAAAUGCUGCUGGCUGGGAAGGGACAGUCAAUCCGAAAGUAAAUACUCUCCAACAAGCCCAAGAUUGUCUUCUUCCUAUGGGUAUCACUUCAGAAAAUGUUGCCCACCGUUUCGGUGUAACACGACAGGAGCAGGAUCAGGCUGCUCUUGAAUCUCAUAGGCGGGCAGCAGCAGCCGUCGCUGCUGGGAAGUUUAAAGAAGAGAUAAUACCUGUGCCAACAAAGAUUGUAGACCCAAAAACUGGUGAUGAAAAAAAAGUUACAAUCUCAAUGGAUGAUGGAAUUCGGCCUGAAACGGCACUCUCAGGUCUUUCUAAGCUUAGGCCUGUAUUUAAAAAGGAUGGGACCACGACCGCUGGCAAUUCUAGUCAAGUGAGUGAUGGUGCAGGGGCAGUUCUCCUCAUGAAGAGAUCUGUAGCCAACCAGAAAGGGCUCCCGAUAUUAGGAGUUUUAAGGAGCUUUGCAGCAGUUGGAGUUGACCCUGCAGUGAUGGGGAUUGGUCCUGCUGUUGCAAUACCUGCUGCUGUGAAGUCUGCUGGUCUUCAGAUUGAAGAUAUUGAUCUUUUCGAAAUUAAUGAGGCAUUUGCUUCUCAGUUUGUUUACUGCUUGAAGAAGCUGGAGCUUGAUCCAUCCAAGGUGAAUGUAAAUGGUGGUGCUAUUGCACUUGGGCACCCAUUGGGUGCAACAGGCGCUCGCUGUGUGAGCACUCUUUUAAAUGAAAUGAAACGCAAAGGAAGGGACUGCAGGUUUGGAAUAGUUUCUAUGUGCAUAGGGUCUGGAAUGGGAGCUGCUGCCGUUUUCGAACGAGGGGAUGGAGUUGAUGAUCUAAGCAAUGCCCGGAUAUGCCAGUCCCCGAACUUUCUUUCCAAGGAUGCUUUCUAGGCAUAUCAUCAGAAGUCCUCACCGUCUGUCUGUGUUAUCGAUUAUCUAAUAAAAGCCCAGCUGGGUUAUCUGGCCUAUUGUUUUCCCUUCAAAGUAUAACCUCAUUAAAGCUGGGCUGCAAUUUUACAUGAAAAGCAGAUAAGACUUACAGACUUACAGUAUAUAUUAUCAUAAACCACCCCACCAUCUUCCAUGAAUUGUUGAACUUAAUAAAUAGGUCCAUAGUUCUCAUCAUUAUUGGCAUAUUCUCAGUUGGAUUUAUUAUAUCUGUGUAACUGCAACUGUGGUUAUCCAUCUCAAAUUUAUUUACAAUGAAUCACCUGCAUGCUAUUUUAUUCUUCA